AUGAUUGAGGACGAUGUUGUGAGGAGCGGAUUAUCCGCGCCACCGAUCAGGGGUAAGGUGAGUGAUGGCAUGUCUCCGCCGUCGAAGGCAGCUGCCCUAUAUUGGCUGCUGGAGCCGCGUGUGUACGCAAGGGCGGCUAAUUUGGACCUGGCACGAAAAAUAGUCAUUUACAAUGGCUACGAAGUAGAGGCCACUCGGGUUAGAGAAAAACGUUAG